AUGGGAAUUGAGGUAGAUAAGGCUAAAAUUGAUGUCAUCGCUAAGUUACCUCCACCAACUAAUGUAAAGGGCGUUAGAAGUUUCUUAGGUCAUGCCGGGUUCUACCGUAGGUUUAUUAAAGACUUUUCUAAGAUAACCCGACCUAUGACUCGUUUGCUUGAAAAAGAUGUGCCUUUUGAGUUUAAUUCAGAUUGUUUGAAGGCAUUUGAAUUGUUAAAAGAUUGUUUGACUCACUCACCCAUUAUGGUUUCUCUUGAUUGGUCUCAGCCUUUUGAAUUAACGUGUGAUGCGAGUUAUUUUGCAGUUGGAGCUGUUUUAGGGCAACGAGAAGGUUUUUAUUGGCGAACGAUUUUCAAGGAAGCUCAAACUUUGGUGGAUACUUGUGAUGCGUGUCAACGUCAAGGGAACAUCACAAAGAGAGAUGAGAUGCCUCAAAACUUCAUCCAGGUUUGUGAAGUUUUUGAUGUUUGGGGUAUUGAUUUUAUGGGACCCUUUCUGCCUUCAAAUAAUUGUCUUUACAUUUUAGUGGCGGUUGAUUAUGUGUCUAAAUGGGCCGAGGCUAAGGCCUUGCCAACAAAUGAUGCAAGGGUUGUGAUAGAUUUCUUGAAACAAUUGUUUUGUCGUUUUGGUUGUCCUAAGGCCUUAAUAAGUGAUCGUGGAACUCAUUUUGCGAAUCACCAACUUGCUAAGGUGUUGGAGAGGUAUGGUGUUCAUCAUCUUUUCUCUGCUUCUUAUCACCCGCAAACGAGUAGCCAAGUAGAAAAUACAAAUAGGGCUUUAAAACGAAUUUUAGAGAAAACCAUAGGUGAUAAUCCUAAAAAUUGGUCAAAGAAAUUAGAUGAUGCAUUAUGGGCUUUUAGGACCGCAUUUAGGACUCCACUUGGGACUACACCUUAUCGGUUGUUGUAUGGGAAAACAUGUCAUUUGUCUUUAGAAAUAGAGCAUAAAGCUUAUUGGGCUCUUAGGAAUUGUAAAAUGGAUUUAAUUGAAAGUGGUGAGUUAAGAAUGUUACAAUUGAAUGAGUUAGAUGAGUUAAGAUUGCAUGCUUAUGAAAAUUCGAAGCUCUAUAAAGAAAGGACAAAGGUUUGGCAUGAUCGUAGGUUGAGAAAGAAAGAUUUCAAAGUAGGGUAUGUGGAGUUGUAUAAGGGGAAUGGGGAAACAUUUAUUGUCAAUGGCCAUAGGUUGAAGGUUUUUAAUGAAGAGUCUUGUGAUGAGGAAGUUGUGGUUGAUCAACUUCCAUUUUAUGAAAUUGAUAAGUAA